AUGAUCCUGAAGUAUCUCAGGAUUUGUGGGGAUUGUCAUUCAUUUAUGAAGUCUGUGUCUCUACUGUUGAGGGGAGGGAAAAUAUUGUUAUGUUAG